GGUCACCAGGGCACCUUCUCCCUGCAGAGAUGGAUGAGGCGAUGCGCUCCUUCGCUGAGAAGGUCUUUGCCUCUGAGGUGAAGGAUGAGGAGAGCAGGCAUGAGAUCUCACCUUUCGAUGUAGAAGAAAUCUGCCCCAUCUUGCACCAUGAAAUGAGGGAGCACAUGAUCCACCAGGAGACCACAGCCACGGCUGACAAGCGGAAGAAGCGGAUUUCCCUGAAGACAAUCGCACUGGCUCUGCCCAUUGCUGAAACUUCUGCAACCAAACUAUCCACCAUCGAGGAGUUCAUCGCUGCCUCGCCGCUGUACCAGGCUGUGCCCGACUUCCAGCGUGUGCAGAUCACAGGGGACUAUGCCUCAGGGGUCACAAUUGAGGAUUUUGAAGUUGUCUGCAGAGGCCUCUACCGGGCUUUGUGCAUCCGGGAGAAAUACAUGCAGAAAUCGUUUCAGAGGUUCCCCAAGACCCCGUCCCAGUAUCUGCGCAACAUAGAAGGCGAGGUUUGGCAAGCCGAUGAUGGGCGCGGCCCAGUGUUCACCCCCCCGGUGAAGGACGGUGAGGACCCUUUCCGGUCGGACAAUCUGCCCGAGGACCUGGGCUACUGCGUCUGCAUGCAGGGCGGGGUGGUCUACGUCUACGCCGACGCAGCGGCUGCCAGACGAGGGAAGCCCAAGGACCUGCCCUACCCCGACCUCGAGGACUUCCUCGAUGACAUGAACUUCCUCCUCGCCAUGAUUGCACAGGGACCCAUGAAAACCUACGCUCAUCGGCGCCUGAAGUUCCUCUCCUCCAAGUUCAGUGUGCACGAGAUGCUGAAUGAGAUGGAGGAGCUGAAGGAGCUGAAGAACAACCCUCAUCGGGAUUUUUACAACUGCAGGAAGGUGGACACCCACAUUCAUGCUGCAGCCUGCAUGAACCAGAAGCACCUGCUGCGCUUCAUCAAGAAGUCGUACCGUGUGGACGCGGAGAGGGUCGUGUAUGACGCCAAGGGCAAGAAACUCACCUUGAAGCAGCUCUUCCAGCAGCUCAACAUGCACCCCUAUGACCUGACGGUGGAUUCUCUGGAUGUUCACGCUGGGCGCCAGACCUUCCAGCGCUUUGACAAGUUUAAUGACAAGUACAACCCGGUGGGAGCCAGUGAGCUGCGUGACCUCUACCUGAAGACAGAAAACACCAUCGAUGGCGAGUACUUUGCCACAAUCAUCAAGGAAGUCGGCUCUGACUUGGAGGAUGCCAAGUACCAGCACGCGGAACCCCGCCUGUCCAUCUAUGGGCGCUCGCCAGAGGAGUGGCCCAAGCUGGCCAGCUGGUUCAACAGGCACAGGGUCUACUCCCCCAACAUGAAAUGGAUGAUCCAAGUGCCCAGGAUUUACGACGUGUUCAGGGCCAAGAACUUCCUCCCCCACUUUGGGAAGAUGCUGGAGAAUAUUUUUGUGCCUGUGUUUGAAGCGACAAUCAGUCCUCAGGCCAACAAGGAGCUGAGCGUAUUCCUGCGACACCAGAUCACCGGCUUCGAUAGCGUGGAUGACGAGUCCAAGCACAGUGGGCACAUGUUUUCCACCAAGAGCCCCAAGCCGGACAAGUGGAGCCAUGAGAAGAACCCGUCCUACACCUACUACCUGUACUACAUGUACGCCAACAUCACGGUGCUCAACAACCUCCGCAGGGAACGCGGAAUGAACACCUUCCUGUUCCGACCCCACUGCGGGGAAGCCGGGGCCAUCACCCACCUGCUCGCAGCCUUCAUGACAGCAGAUAAUAUCUCCCAUGGCCUGAACCUAAAGAAGAGUCCUGUGCUGCAGUACCUGUACUUCCUUGCCCAAAUCCCCAUCGCUAUGUCCCCGCUCAGCAACAACAGCCUCUUCCUUGAAUACGCCAAAAACCCGCUGCCGGACUUCCACCAGAAAGGCCUGAUGGUCUCUCUCUCCACGGACGACCCCAUGCAGUUCCACUACACCAAGGAGCCCCUGAUGGAGGAAUACGCCAUUGCGGCCCAAGUCUUCAAACUCAGCACUUGUGACAUGUGUGAGAUUGCCAGGAACAGUGUCCUGCAGUGCGGUCUGUCCCAUGAGGAGAAGACCAAGUUCCUGGGGGAGAAUUACCGUGAGGAGGGGCCCCAUGGCAACAACAUCUGGAAGACAAAUGUAGCUCAGAUCCGCAUGGCCUAUCGCUAUGAAACCUGGUGCUACGAACUCAACCUCAUUGCAGAGGGGCUGAAAACCACGGAGUAGAUCCCCAAACCUGCCCGGACCCCAAUGCCUCCUCCACUUUGUCAGGGCCUGGGGCAGCCCAGAGCCCCACCCAUGACUGCACUUUGCUUUCUUGUGGCGGCAGCACUGGGAGAUCAUGUCCUUUGUGGUGUUACUGGCCCUGGGUGUUAAAAAAAUCACUA